AUGUUUGUGGGAUCUUGCAAAAACGGAAAAAAGAUAAAAAAUCUUUUCCUUCCAUUUAGAUUGGCUUUCGUGUCGUCGGCUUUUAGCAGUGUAUAAUUGGAGAAAUCGAAGCAUAAUUUGUACCGUUCGGCACAUUGAUAAUGGGACUAUCGCACAGUGUUGCUGUACCCGGGGGUGGGACCGAGGGAUACCAUGUUUUACGGGUGCAAGACAACUCGCCAGGCAAGACGGCUGGACUGGAGGCAUUUUUUGACUUUAUUCUUGCCAUCGGCAACACACGCCUGGACCAAGAUAACGAUACGCUGAAGGAGCUGCUGAAGGGAAACAUCGACAAAGAGAUCCAGAUGACGGUGUACAGCAGUAAAACGCAAAACAUUCGGCUGGUGGACAUUACGCCGAGCAGUACCUGGGGUGGUCAGGGAUUGCUUGGGGUGAGCAUACGCUUUUGUUCGUUCGAGGGUGCCAAUGAGAAUGUAUGGCACAUUCUGGAGGUGCAUCCAUCGUCUCCGGCGGAAGAAGCUGGAUUGAUACCGUUUACGGAUUACAUUAUCGGUGCCGAUUCGAUAUUGCACGAAAGUGAAGAUCUGUUCACGCUUAUCGAAUCGCACGAGGGCAGACCGCUGAAAAUGUACGUGUACAAUACGGAUCUCGAUCGGUGCCGGGAGGUAACGAUAACACCCAACUCGAAAUGGGGCGGUGAGGGAAGUCUAGGUUGUGGUAUUGGGUACGGUUAUCUGCACCGGAUACCGAUCCGGAUGAUGCCAAGCGAUGGAAAGGUUCCACUCAAUGGUGGAGCACAAUCCGUUCCGGUUGUUCCGGUUGGCAGUGCGGCCAUGUUCCCGACAGCAGCCUCGACGGCAAGUGCAAUGACAGGAUCGACGGUGGUAGACACGACGAAUGCGAACCGCUCCGUGCCAUUCAUCCCGAUGGUGCCUCCGUUGGCGAAUACUUUCGCUCCGCAGGCUAAUAAUGCUGUCCACGAUCUGCUUACCGUAUCGCAGCCAAUUAACACGAUGACAGCGACUGCAACGACUACGCCGGCGAUGGGAGACUUAACCAAUCAGUUUGCUACUCUUUCUACGGCGACCGGUCCAACGGAUCAGGUUAACAAUAAUGUGGAAACACAGACGACACCAACACAAGCGACGUAUAAUAAUAAUGUUGGCCAACUGGGAGAGGUAGCAUCGCCACCGAUUCACGUUGGUCCGGCCAUUUAUACACCACCAGCCGGAUUAGUUGAACAAGCUCCAAUUCCUUCAACGAAUACCGCAAGCGAUGCUGUGGCCGCUCAGUAUAAGCCACCGCCAUUGGCAAAUCUUUCCUAUCCGUCUUCUUCCGUUCCCACGUUACCGAUGGGUGCCAACCCUUACUCGAAGGCUAGCAGCACUGUACCACCACCAUCGACAUUAGCCAGCGAUUUCUAUCAAGUGUACGGAUCGUCCGCUGUACCGGUCAGCAACGUCAACAGCUAUACCAUGUCCACCACGGUUGACUUUCUGCAGAGUCAGCAGCAACCGAUGCAACAGCAACCCUGGGGCUCCCAACCCCCCAUCCAGAUGUACUCCACGUACCCUCAGGUGCAGCCGAUUUCGGAACCAUCGCCCGCCCACCAACCGUCGGCUGCAGGUGGUGCGGUUCCGGCCGCAUCUGCACUAUUCCAAAGCAACGCCGUUACGACACCCAUCUCCCUGCCCGGCAUGCCGCCGAUAACAGUGAGCGCAACGAUUCAGCCGGAAGCGCUACGAAGCCUACAGUUUACCAAUGCACCCAUCGCGCCAACGGGCCAGCAACAACAACAGUCUCCCCUAAUGACCAUGCCGCCGGCGUUGCAAUAAGCUCCGAUA